AUGAAUGCAAAUAAAAAAAUUAUAAAUCAAAUUAUAAGGAAUGUUGUACAACAAAACAGUAUACCAGACGGAACGAUACCGAGUGCUGAGGCAUCGUUUGCUUUAAAUAGAUAUCUUGAUGAUCCAAAUACUGUGGAUUUAGGUAAUAACAAUAAUAUUUAUAUAAAUUUAAUUGAAAGAAUUAGAAAUGAAAAGUCAAAUUAUGAACAAGUUUUAUCAAGAAUUUUAAAAUUAAUUAAAAAUAAUAUAGCUAUACAUCCACCAUCAUAUCAAAUAUUAUUAGAAUUGGAUAUAUUUUUCCUUUCUCUAGCACCAACUUGUAGUUUAAUAAUACAGAAAACAUUGACUUAUAUUAGGGCUUUAAUAGCUCAUCAAGUUAAACAAAAUCCAAAUUAUGAAAAAAAUUUUAAAUUAAAUGAAAAUCAAAAUCAAAACAAUCAAAACCAUCAAAAUAGUAAUCAUAAAAGAAAUAAUAGUAGUACAAUUGGAUUUUUAAGAUAUAGAAGUCAAUCAGCGUCAAAUUCUAGUGGUACAAGAGAUGAUCAUUUAUUACAAUUCCAAAGAUCGUCGUUGGAUUUAAGUAACAUUUUAGCAAAUUCAAUAUCAUCAGCAAAUUCAUCAAAUACCUCAUCUUCCUCUUCAUCACCUGUAUCAUUAAAUGAAUCACCACUUAAAAAUACUUUAAAUAAUUCUAGCUCUUUAAAUUCGACCCAUUUAUCACCAACACUUUCAUCAUCUGCGCAUAAUGAUACCACUAUUAAUAAUGUAAUUCCUGUAAUACCAUCAACAAAUCAACAAUCAAUUCAUGUACAACAAAUUCAAAAUAGUUUAGUUUCACCAUCAUCUUCAAAUUCAUCCUCCACCUCGCCAUCAGGCUCAAUUUUAAAUAUAGAUAAACAACAGCAACAACUUAAUAAUAUAAACAACAACAAUAAUUUAAAUAAUAGUUUAAAUCAAUUAAGUAAUUCAAGCAAUAUACUGGGUCAAAGUUUAGGUUUAAAAGAAAGCACAAGUUCAAUGUCAAGUACCAAUGGAUCACCAAGUUUUUAUAUCGAUGGUUAUAUUAGAGAUUUAAUGUCAAUAAAAGCAUCAACAAAAUCCUCAAUAAAAGCACAAAGUUUAUUAACAUCAUCACCAUUUGGAGGAUUAAAUCAAAGUGAAGUUAAACCAAAUAAAGAUGUAUUUAAAUGCCCAGACGAUUCAAAGAAUUGGACAAGAAUUAAUAUAGUAAAAGAAAAUCAAGAGCCUUUAAAGAUUACUGAGCAAGAAAUUGUGCAAGUUGUCAGAGUUAUUAUAAAUCCAGCUACACCACAGGAUCGUUCAAUUGCCACCAAAAUUUUUAUUAAAAUUAUACUAGAUAUCUAUUGUAAAGAUGGUUUAGUGGUCCAAAGUAGUGAAAAAUUAAUAUCAAGUUAUUUCCAUCAAUUCAUAUCAAGCACAAAUAGAGACACCAGGGCUCAUACAUUUAACAUAUUAUUUAAUCUCUCCAUUCACAUAAACCUUUACUCUGAAUUAAAAUUAGAAGAUGGCGGCAAUAUUCAAACUACAAAUAGCAGUGGCGGCUUGUCAAUGAUUAGAGAUCUCCAGGAAAGUGUUUUUAGAAUUUUGGUUGAAAUGGUACAACAUUUAAUAGAUUUUAAAGAAAGAGACGAAAGAACUUGGCAAGAAGCAUUAAAUUGUAUUCUUUUCUUUAUCACUGAAGAGGGUUAUGUUAUCAAAGAAAAAUUAUUCCAAUUAAAUUCUCAAAUGAUUGCAAGUUUUUUAUUAUAUAUUCAAGAUUUAAAUGAUAAU